CGAACAGAUAUGUGUUAAUCCAGUGAACCUUUCAACCAGCGACAACUUUCCUUUCCACCACAGCUGCCAUCAUCAUGGUUGCCAAAACUCAGGAACCGUUUUUCCAAGGGAGUACAGGGAAGAACUCUCGUGGAGUUUUAAGAAUUGUAAUUCUUUGCUUAAUUGCCGGUGCUGCAAUUGCCAGUCGAUUGUUUUCUGUGAUUCGUAAGUAUCUCAACUUUCAUAAAUAAUUUGGAUACCUCUUACCCUAAUUGAAAUUGAAAGGCACAGCACUUCCGCCGUACUCACUGCCACCGACUAAACUGUUCCAACAAAAGCUAAUAUUUCUGUAUAGGAUUCGAGAGUAUAAUUCACGAAUGUUAGUAUUUAAGCGACCCCUCAAUGGAUGGAGCUCUUCCUUCUCCAGCUCCGCUCUCUGUUAAAGAUCGCGACUAACCUAAGCUUAGUCGAUCCUUGGUUCAAUUUCAGGGCUACAAAAUACCUGGUCUCGCAUGGCUUCUAUGAUUUCUGGGAUUGGUUUGAUGACCGAACAUGGCAUCCACUUGGGCGUGUUACAGGAGGAACUUUAUACCCAGGUCUCAUGGUCACCAGUGGUGUAAUCUACCAUGCCCUCCGAGCUCUUACUAUUCCAGUCGAUAUUCGAAACAUUUGUGUGCUUCUCGCACCAGCUUUCUCUGGCUUGACUGCCUUCGCAACAUACCUCUUUACCAAUGAGAUGUCCACAUCUCCUUCCGCCGGUCUUCUCGCGGCUAUUUUCAUGGGAAUUGCCCCAGGUUACAUUUCGCGAUCAGUUGCAGGCAGCUACGAUAACGAAGCCAUUGCAAUUUUCCUACUCGUAUUCACGUUCUACCUCUGGAUUAAAGCCAUCAAGCUCGGAUCCGCAUUUUGGGGUGCUCUUUGUGCUUUGUUCUAUGGAUACAUGGUAUCCGCCUGGGGUGGAUAUGUCUUCAUUACCAAUUUGAUUCCUCUCCAUGUAUUUGUAUUGGUCUGCAUGGGAAGAUUCAGCCCAAGAGUGUAUGUCAGUUACUGUACCUGGUACGCACUUGGCACGUUGGCAAGCAUGCAAAUUCCCUUCGUAGGAUUCUUGCCAAUUCGCAGUAGUGAACAUAUGUCCGCUCUCGGUAAGUUUAAUUGCUUGAUUUUACGAUGUCUAUGUACUAAUUUGUUUAGGUGUUUUCGGCCUUCUUCAAUUGGUUGGAUUUGUCGAAUUCGUCCGCUCCGGUGUACCAAGCAAGCAAUUCGCGACUCUCCUUAAAGGAUUUGUCCUUGCCGUGUUCGCUAUCUCCUUUGGUGGCUUGGUACUUUUGACCGUCUCUGGUGUUAUUGCUCCUUGGACUGGCCGUUUCUACUCUUUGUGGGAUACUGGAUAUGCCAAGAUUCACAUCCCUAUUAUUGCUUCCGUCUCUGAACAUCAGCCAACAGCAUGGCCAGCUUAUUUUUUCGACCUUAACCUUCUUAUCUGGCUUUUCCCAGCUGGUGUUUACCUUUGCUUCUUGAAGCUUGCCGAUGAACAAGUUUUCGUUGUUGUGUACGCCAUCCUUGCAAGUUACUUCUCUGGUGUCAUGGUUCGAUUAAUGCUCACCUUGACUCCGAUCGUCUGUGUAGCCGCAGCCUUGGUAUUGUCCAACAUCUUAGACACUUACUUGACCUUUAAGUCACCAGGAGAAUCAACCCAAGCUACUGCAACAGAGGGUGCCACCAAUGGUGCCACAAAGAAGGCCGCUAAGCAAGAGGAACUACGAUCAAUGCGUCAACCUCUCAUCGGCAUCUAUGCUGCCUUUUCUAAAAUUUCCGUUGUGACCGCCAUGACAACAUACCUCCUGAUCUUCGUUCUCCACUGUACCUGGGUUACUUCCAACGCUUACUCAUCUCCAUCUGUCGUGCUCGCUAGUAGAAUGCCCGACGGCAGUCAGCACAUUAUUGAUGAUUACAGAGAGGCUUAUCAAUGGUUGCGACAGAACACCAAGGAAGAUGCAAAGAUCAUGUCAUGGUGGGAUUACGGUUACCAAAUUGGUGGUAUGGCUGACAGGCCUACACUCGUCGACAACAAUACUUGGAACAACACUCACAUCGCCACCGUUGGGAAGGCAAUGAGCUCUCGUGAAGAGGUCAGCUACCCCAUCAUGCGCCAACACGAAGUUGACUACGUUCUCGUCGUCUUUGGUGGUCUUCUCGGAUACUCUGGAGAUGAUAUCAACAAAUUCUUGUGGAUGGUCAGAAUUGCCGAGGGAAUUUGGCCAGAUGAGGUUAAGGAACGUAACUUCUUCACCGAACGUGGAGAGUACAGAGUUGACGAAGGUGCUACUCAAACCAUGAAGGACAGCUUGAUGUGAGCAAUGCUAGCCAUGACAAACUUGAAUUUCGCUAAUCAUUUAAUAGGUAUAAAAUGUCAUACUACAACUACAACUCCCUUUUCCCACCUGGACAAGCCCAAGACAGAGUUCGUAACGUAAAGAUGCCAGAAGUUGGACCAGUUCUCAACACUGUCGAGGAAGCAUUCACUAGUGAGAAUUGGAUCAUUCGAAUCUACAAGGUUAAGGACCUUGACAAUGUUGGCCGAGAUCAUGCAUCAGCCGCAUCAUUCGAUAGAGGGAACAAGAAGAAGAAGACAACAAAGAAGAGGGGACCAAAAGUUUUGAGGGUUGAAUAAAAGGAUGAACUUUACUUUGUAUCAUAUUUCCUUAUCUUGGGCUGGGAGCUUUGCAAGAUAGAGCGAGUCCAUUGUUAUGUAUAGAGAAGAAAUAUACUCAUAAAUAUGAUUAUGUGCUAAACU